UUUCGCUUAUAAAUAAAUUCCUAUUGGGUUCUUGCGAUUACUGUCAAAGAAUGGGUUUUGAAGCUAUCGGAGAGAACGGCUGGAGCUCUUGCGUUCAUCACAACUUUCAUGGCGUUGGUGUUUCUGUAGCAAUUCGUUUUCUGUGCAGCGAGCGUAAAGGAUUUUCCAGAUCCGUUCAUAUUCGCUCCAAAUUAAGUUUUGGAUCUGCCAACGUGAGCAUCCCCUGAUCUCUCUUCCACUGGAUCCGGUUUCUAGAAUUCCCAAAUCCUUGAGUUAAUCAAAACACUUGAAUCUCUGUAAGUUUCACAUCUAGUUUUGAAAACAUUUGAGACUGUUCUUCAUUUCUCACUCUAUUAUUGAUGAAUUUUCGGAGAAGAUGAUGAUCGAAGAAGAAAACCCACAAGACGAAAUCCAGAAUUCUGAGCCGCUGAUUCCGGGUUUACCGGAUGAAAUCUCAGAACACUGCCUUCUCCACCUACCGUAUCCUUACCAGGUCUUGGUUCGGUCGGUUUCAUCUUCAUGGAAUCGAGCCAUCAAUGAUCCAAGCUUCCUCUUCUCCAAGAAAACCCUUUCUCUCUCUCUCCCGUACAUCUUUGUCUUUGCCUUCCACAGAUCAACAUCGAAGCUUCAAUGGCAAGCAUUAGACCCCCGAUCGGGCCGAUGGUUCGUCCUCCCAACCAUGCCCUGCGCGAACCCGGUUCGACCGGACAGUUUCGCUUGCGCUUCACUUCCCCGGCAAGGCUCGCUUUUCGUCCUUGGAGGCUUGAGGUCCGACAAAGAAACCUCUCUACCGACACUUCUUACGUACCGGACCGGUACGAACAGGUGGUCCUUAGCGUGUCCGAUGCAGAACCCGAGGUCAUUCUUCGCUGCAGGAAGUAUCGGUGGGAAGAUCUUCGCUGCUGGUGGUACAGGUACGGGCGUGGCGGAAACGGUUUCGGCUGUGGAGUGUUACGAUCCGGGGAAGGACACGUGGGUGUCGGUGAAGAAUAUGCGGUUUGGGUUGGCGAGGUACGAUGCGGCUGUAGUUGGUGACAGAAUGUAUAUCACCGAAGGUUGGACGUGGCCGUUCAGCUUUUCGCCCAGAGGAGGUGUUUAUGAUGCCAAAAGGGACACAUGGGAGGAGAUGACUAUUGGGAUGAGGGAAGGGUGGACGGGAAUCAGCGUUGUAUUGGGUGACAGGUUGUUUGUGAUGACAGAGCAUGGGAGUUGUAGGUUAAAGGUGUAUGUACCUGAGAGUGACACGUGGCAGUAUGUGGGUGGUGGGGGUUUCCCAUGUGAGACAUUGAAGAAGCCCUUUGCUGUGUGUGGCGCAGAGGGGAAGAUAUAUGUUGUUUGUAGUGGGUUAGAUAUGGCUGUAGGAAGUGUUUUUUAUGGAGAAGGGAAUGUGUGGGUGGAGUGGGAGGUUGUGAGGGCUCCUAAGGCUUUCAAUGAUUUUGUUCCAUCAAACACUCAGGUAUUUCAAGUUGUUCACUGAAGCUAAAACCAAAUCCUAUGACCGUCAUGGCCAAUAUAAACAGAUGAGUAUUGGAUUCUAUCGAUUCUUGCUUGCUUCAUGAUUCUUCUAAUUUGGACCACUUUCUGGAGGCUUUGCCCAACACUUAUCUUUCAUCCUCCUUUUAGGAUCUCUCUAUUUUAAUUUGUACAGGUUUCUCUAGCAAAGCCCAAAAUAUUUCAGGAUGGGCUUGUGGUGUUUCCUUUAGAGGAUAUUUUAUCUUUUUGCAUGCAAUUAUAUGAUGACAGGAGAAAGCAUUGAUGCAGAUUAUAGAAGCUUACUAUACGGUGUAAAGCAGGCAAGGGAGGAAGGGUGAGACGCGGUAGAAGUUUGGAGUCAUUCGGUUGAUGUGCAUAAGCUGAUCAAGGAUAAUAGCACCUAUUUGUGGCCUUGUAGAAUAAUCCCUCUUUUUUUUGGAUGUUUAUAAUUUCCUUCUUCUAAUCAACUUUUGUCUCAAUCAUUCCAACGAAAUUGUGUACUUAUUUAAGAAAAUUGUUUAUCUUGUUAUGCAUAGGAAAAACUAAGAUUUAUGGCAUUGGGACUAAUGUGGACGUACUAAGUUAUCUCAAUUAAUGAACUUUUUAUUAUCUCA